UAUUUUGUAUAAUUUUAUUAAUUUAUAAUUUUUUACUAAUAUUUGAUUGAAAUAUUUUUUUGUUUUUUUAAACAUUUUUAAAUUAGUAUGUCUCAACCAGAUUCAAAAAUUCGUCGAGUCCAGUUUAAUGUACUUAACUGAACAGCAAAUGGCAGAGUUGAAAGAGGAGGUUCUCCAAAUCCGCAGGGAGAUCUCUGUCGAAACGCAGAAGUUGGACAUUUUGGCAGACAAACUGGCGGAAACCACCGCCAUUUUAAAGGUAUCGUUUGCUCCUGAGAAGGAGAUUUCGGGCGUGGUACCAUUUCCGUUUACAACGGAAGAGGAAUUGGAUGAAUUCGAAAAUUCCUUGACCCCGGAGCUUAUCGGUUUUUACACAAAGAAAAUAUCGAAAAUUAUUGGGAGCGAACCGCUGUCAAAUCGGUUCAAAUUUGUCAGAGCGGAAGAUAUUAUAAAAAACUACAAUUUGGACGGGUCCAACGGGAAAUAGUUCCCUCGUAUCCCGUUUAGGGUUAUACGGAGUUCUUAAAGGAGCGUUGGCCAAGGACUCCGAGGACCCGGACAAAUGUUUAAGAAAGGCGAUGACA